CCAAAUCCGCUAUCAUGGAGAUGGCAAGAAAGACCUGGGAGAUGGAGAAUAACAUCGUUGUUCUUCCACCGAGCGACGAGAUAUUUCGCUACGAUGCUGAACAGCAGCAGCGCAUCCUGACCGCCCGGCCAUGGGAGAAGGAUCCAAACUUUUUUAAGGACAUUAAAAUAUCAGCCCUGGCGUUAAUCAAAAUGGUAACACAUUCACGUUCGGGCGGUGCGCUCGAAGUUAUGGGUCUGCUUUUGGGAAAGGUGAUCGAAGAUACUAUGGUGGUGAUGGAUGCUUUCGCGUUGCCGGUCGAGGGCACCGAAACGCGGGUCAAUGCUCAAUCGCAAGCGUACGAGUACAUGGCAGCAUACAUCGAAUCGGCUAAAGAGGUGGGACGCAUGGAGAAUGCUAUCGGGUGGUACCAUAGCCAUCCCGGGUACGGUUGUUGGCUGUCCGGUAUUGAUGUGAACACGCAGAUGCUGAACCAAAACUACCAGGAACCGUUUGUAGCAAUUGUGAUCGAUCCCGUCAGAACGGUAUCCGCCGGUAAGGUGUGUUUAGGAGCUUUUCGAACAUAUCCAAAAGGGUACAAGCCACCGAAUGAAGAGCCAUCCGAGUAUCAAACUAUUCCGUUGAGCAAAAUCGAAGACUUUGGUGUGCAUUGCAAGCAGUACUAUCAGCUGGAUGUGACGUACUUCAAAUCAGCUCUCGAUCGAAAACUGCUAGAUUCGUUGUGGAACAAGUACUGGAUGAACACACUCGGUAGUUCUGGCCUGCUGAGCAAUCCGGAUUACACCACCAGACAGAUACUGGAUCUGUCGGAAAAGUUGGAACUAAGCGAGGCAAGCCUGGGCCGUGGCCAGUUCAUGGCGAGUGGUUCACUCGAUCCGAACGAAAAGCGUACCGAGGAUAAACUUUCGAAAGCGAGCCGUGACUGUAGCCGUGCAUCGAUUGAGUUGAUUCAUGGUCUGAUGGCUCAAAUUGCGAAGCACAAGCUGUUCAACACGAUCAACACCGGUGGUGCAAAGGCAACUGAAAAAACAUCAUAAGCAUGCGAAUCUAAACAGUGUAAGUGUUUUAAUGUUUUUAAUAAACACAU